AGGACGCUGCCCCCACAGGGCUCCCUGGCACCACGUGCCCCCUUGGCACCCUACAGCAGGGCCUUCAGCACCUCAACAGGCUGCAGGAGCACCUUCAACGUGCAGGAUGGCAGCGACUUUCAGGACCGGGUGGUGAACAACCCCAAGCCCGUUGUGGUGGACUUCCACGCACAGUGGUGUGGCCCCUGCAAGAUCCUAGGCCCCAGGCUAGAGAAGAUGGUGGCCAAGCAGGAGGGGAAAGUGCUGAUGGCCAAAGUGGACAUCGACGAUCACACAGACCUUGCGAUUGAGUAUGAGGUGUCAGCGGUGCCAACCGUGCUGGCUAUGAAGAAUGGAGAUGUCGUGGAUAAGUUUGUGGGGAUAAAGGACGAGGAUCAGCUGGAGGCAUUCCUCAAGAAACUCAUCGGAGCCUGAAGUGAAAGGGUGGCUGUACCUCUGCCUCUGGGACACGUCCACCUUGUGCAUUCCUUGCCUGGGAGAGCUGAGGGGCACGUGAACUGCCUGUCCUAUGCAACCUGGGGUAUUCUGCUGGUUUGGGGUUUUUAGGAGAUGGACAGUGUUGUAACCCUUCCCUCUCCCUCCUUCCUUCUCUUGGAGCAGCAGUAGUUGUAAAGAGUGCUGAGGAGCAGGGCUGCUUUUUCUCAAAAUGGGGAAUGCAGCUGGAAUUAGGAGCCUGUGUUUAUCAGCAAAUUGCUGACGUGCAGAGCUGCUGCUGCUGCGUUAAGAGGAGCAUUGUUUUUCUCUUUGCCUAGCAUCUGAUAGCCCAGAGCAGAGGGCAGCUGCUCCCUGCAAAAGAUGUCGGUACAUACCUGCCCUGGGUGGGUUUGUUUAAAAUUGAGCAUGCCUCUUCCUUGUCUGUGAAACGUGUCGCUGGGACAGGUACAACUCCUCCACAAAUCCAUGGGCUCCCAUCGUAAUUUUAUAUGAAAGAAUUAUUUUAUGGAUCUCCUUUUGUAGGUCUGUAAUAAAGAGAACUUUAUCGGU